UGCACCAACUCGUCAUUAGGGCAGGGGGGAGGAUGUGGGGCAGGUAUCAGAACUUGUGUCUGGGAACCUACCCAAGCUUCUUCCUGUAGCACAUUAUUCAUUCAGCUGCCAAACUGAGACCCCUCAGAGCAGCUUUUACCUUCUCCCUCUCAUUGCUCUCCCACACCCUUGGGAUGCUUUCACAAUCGCUCCUAGUCCAGCUACUUCCUCCCGUUCCCUUCUGUUGCCUUCCCACAGUAUGUCCUUGCUCUGGGCUGUCUCAAUUCUCCUGUAGUUUUACAGAGCCUUCAUCCACAGUAGCUGCCAGAGUCAUCUUUCUGAACCAUCCUGACCAUGUCACUUCCCUACUUUAAACUAUUUUCAGGACUAAGUGUAAAUAACUCGGCUUGUCAUUCAUCCACCCGACAAAUACUGGAGUGGGAAGGGGGACUUACCAUAUGCCUAAGCAGUUCUUACAGGUGCAAAGAUAGAGCCGGGAACCAGACAACCAAGGCCCUGCCCUGGAGGCCCUUCACGGUCUGGACCCCAGCCAGAUGCCUACCUUCCCCAAAGCCCUUCCAGCCUGCCUGCCACACACCCUGCCUGCACUCUGGGCUUUCACCUCCCAAGCCUCCCCUUGCUGGCCACCAUAGAGAGACGAGCCCUCUCCUCCCUGAUCCCUCCAUUCCCCAAGGCGCCCAGAGGGUGGCCUAGGCUCCUCUGCAAAUUGAAGCCCCUCUUUCUGCCAACUAGAGCCCCCUGCCCCUCCCCUGCCUCUCGGGGAUUGUGAGCUAAGAACCAGGGGUAAGAGGCUUGGGACCUGUGCGGCUCCUCCAGGCCCCGGCUGGCCUGCUCCACCGCACAGGAAGCGGGUUAAGCGUGCUGCCCUCACCCCCCUCCAGGGAUGUCUGGUCCCCAGGCCUCAUGCUGGGCACAGGGGACUUCAGCCUGCGCUCCAGUUGCUUCCCCUGUAGUAGAGGAGGAAGACAGGAUAGGCUGCGCCAAUGCAGAGUGCCGGGGGUCACACGAUCCGUGCACCAGUUUCUUCCUGACCAACGACGAGAGCUGUCUCCAGAUGAAUGAAUUUUCCUGGAAGGAUAUCACCAACGCCUUGUCCCUGGCCAACCUGAUCCUGGGGCUCUUCUCCAUCUUCUGCAGCUUCUGCAAGAGAUGCCACUGUGCCUCCUGGAUGCUUCUGAUCAGCUUCCUGUUAGACAUGGCAGUCGGGGCGAUAAACAGACACCUCAGCCUCUGCUCCAAGUCAGGAGUGGAGCUGAAUGACUUUGCGGUCUACACCACCUUCGGCUUGGCCUCAGCCAUGCUCCUCGGCGUGGACGGGCCUCUGAGCGGGUUCCUGGGCAUCAUCUAUGUGUUAGCUGCUACCUUCCGCCUGUGUUUCUAUUCAACUGGCGCUCAGCUCACCUACAAGGGUCUCCCCUGCCGCUACGCUUCCUGUGUCUUGGCCUCCACCUCCCUUCUGACCAAAGGCAACACGUUCAUUCUCUCUUGCAUGGCCUCACUUAUGAUUCUAUUCAUGAUGGACCAGAGCUACUAUCCACAUGAUGAAAUCCUGGAGUCGGAGAACUGGAAAAAAAUGGUGUAUCUGGGAGGUAUCCUCAUGCUGCUUUUGUCUCCAUUCUCCCUAACUGCCUUUUACUGCCUGCUGUGGUCACUCUCCUACAUCUUCUUUCCAGAUGCUCUGUGGGGCAAAGCAGCAUGUCUCAGGCUACAGUGCCGAGAAAACUGAACAGCUUUACCCACUGCCGCUGGCCUCUGUGGUCUUUGUGCCGGCACAUCGGGCCAAGCCUUGACGUAGCCUCACUAAACCUUUUCCUGUCUCCACGUCUCCUGUGUGCUGGAUAACGUAUGGCCUUGAACCAGAGCAACCCAACAUCGGGCCAACGGCCUUCACUUUCUCCUCUUGCUCAGGGUUCUGAAUCCCUUGGGGACAACAGUGGUUUAUGUCCUAAAGAACAGAAGGUUUUCCAAGCUGAAGUUGGGCCUGGCUGACUUCCAGCCCUGGUACCAGAUGCGGGUCCUGGUGCACUCAGGUCAGUCCUUUGGAAAGGAGGGAAAACCUUUGGAAUUGGUCUCCACCUUGGUCUGGUCGUUAAGGCUCCAGGGGCAGAACGGGGCUUACUAAAGUGGUUCUUAAACUUGCCGGCUCUGGUUCUGUAGAGCCCGUCACGGGACAAUGGCGUUGCCCAGUGUCAAUGUGCAUAGGCUUUUGUGACUUAAAAUUCUGUAUUUGAGCAGUCACAACUUUUGCCUUUUGCUUCAAUGAAGAGAUUAGAUACCCUGGCAGCUUGAGGGCACCACCUGGCUUCCUUCCUUCUGGUUUUUUCCUAAAUCGUAAAACAUUAAACUCCUGAUGUUCAAAUGCCACUUUGUAUUCUAAAAUCCAAAUUGAAUAAAAAUAAAGAGUAUUGUAUGGAA